AUGGGUCUUGUCGACUACUCAGACUCGGAGGGCUCAGACUCUGAAGCCGAAGUGCAAGUUCCUGUCAAAUCCGCUCCUAAAACAUCCGCUCCUAAAACAUCCGCAACCUCAUCCUCCAAGAAGCCUUUCCAAAAGGUCGUCGACCGAUCCAACCCUGGCAAAAUUGUUGUCAGUCUUCCUCAGCUAUCGAACGAUAAACCACAAACCGAGGAACCCCCAGCGAAACGGGUAAAGACGGGCGCGAGUGGAAAAUUCGCUGGGCUCAACUCGUUUCUACCGGCACCUAAAAAUGCGAACAAGCCCAAACCCGCGGCCUCGAGCAGCGCGCCGACAAGAUCAGGCUUUCAGUUCAAGACAAGUGCCGCGCCAGGGUUCAAUAGAGACGCUGCAGAUGAUCAGAACAAUUCAAACGAAAAUACCGCGCAGGGCAUGAGUUUACCCCCACCAAAGGCCGCCGCGCACCCACAUAUUCCCGAAGGACAGAAACCUGCCGACGAGGUCAAGCUUGUGGGCAAGCCUUUGAUGUUUAAGCCUCUAUCAGUGGCACGGAACCCACAGAAGAAGAAGAAAUUGAACUCUGGGAUGGCAAAGCCCACACCGGCAUCUCAACAGGAGCAGACAGAACAAAAGCAGAACGAAGCGACGCCAGCCGAAGCCCCAAAAAGGUUCUCGCUUUUCUCUAUGCACACAGAAGAGCCUUCUGAACCUGCUGAAAAGAGCUAUACAAAUGCCUAUGAGCCGAUGUUUUCGACGACAGAAACCUCAUUGGGAUAUGACGAGGGUGCAUAUGGUGACUAUGCAAGCCAUGCGCAAGCAGGUCCAUCGGCGACCACAUUGCCAGGCUCCGAGUCCUUGGACACGGUAGUAGGCGAUCUCAACCUUACAGCGGCCCAGCAGCGAGAACUUUUUGGUCGAAAUGGUCUGGGUAAUCAGGCCGCCAAGAAGGUUAUCAACUUCAACAUGGAUAGGGAAUACAGGCACAACGAAGAGAUUCGGGCUGCAGGAGAGGAACAGUCUCACAACCCUGUGCGUGCGAUUCAGGGCGGUGGAAAGCACAGUCUACGCCAAUUGGUACAGAACGUCCAGAGCCAGCGAGAAGCCCUUGAGGACAGCUUCGCCAAGGGGAAGAGCAAUCGAAAGGAGGCUGCAAGCAAGUACGGAUGGUGA